AGAAUUCCAAAGAGGCGGCGAAGAUAAAAUUACUGGGAAAUUUCUGAAGCUUAGAGUCGCCUAAGUUUCAUUCGCCUUCAAGCUAUAUAGCUCUUUUGCUUUCAUUGAAGCUAAAGGAGCCAUCAACCACUGCUACUUCUCCUUUUAUUCCAAUCAAAGAUGGAAGUGCAGAAUUCGGAACAAGGGCAAAUAAUUGAAAUAAGAGGAGAUGUGCCAGCUGCAGAGACGAGCGUAGGUGGAAGUACGAUUUGUGGAGGUGCAGCAUGUGGGUUUUCUGAUGCUCAAACCAUUUCUAAAGACGCAAAAGAACGUUCGGCCUCUAUGCGGAAAUUGUUGACAGCAGUGGUGCUCUGUAUUGUUUUCAUGAGUGUUGAAGUAGCUGGAGGAAUUAAAGCCAAUAGUCUUGCAAUCUUAACUGAUGCAGCUCAUCUCUUGUCCGAUGUUGCGGCGUUUGCAAUCUCCUUGUUCUCUCUUUGGGCAUCGGGGUGGGAGGCGACUCCACGUCAAACUUACGGAUUCUUCAGGGUUGAAAUCCUCGGUGCCCUCGUUUCCAUCCAGAUGAUAUGGCUUCUAGCCGGCAUCCUUGUUUACGAAGCCAUAGCUAGACUUAUUCACGGUACAGGUGAAGUUCAAGGCUUUCUAAUGUUCAUGGUUUCCGCAUUUGGCCUUGUGGUUAAUAUUGCUAUGGCUCUCAUUCUGGGCCAUGAUCAUGGGCAUCACCAUGGUCAUGGCCAUGGCGGGAGCGAUCACGACCACCAUAAUCACAGUCAUAGACAUGGCACUGAACCGCAUAAUCAUGGAUUUAGUGUAACUUCACAUCAUCUUGGUUCAAAUUCUAAGCUACCCGAUAAGCAUCAUGAUACUCAAGAAGCUGAACCUGACCAUCGAGUGCCUCUGCUUAAGACAUACUCGGACUGCGAAAAAAAGCCAGAAAGCGGAGAACCUAAAAAGAAGGAAAGAAACAUCAACAUACAAGGGGCUUAUCUUCAUGUCCUAGGGGAUUCCAUACAGAGCAUUGGAGUGAUGAUUGGUGGAGCAAUUAUAUGGUGGAAACCCGAGUGGAAAAUAAUCGAUCUGAUAUGCACCCUUAUAUUCUCCGUUAUCGUAUUGGGAACAACCAUCAGGAUGCUGCGAAACAUCUUGGAAGUUCUCAUGGAGAGCACGCCCCGGGAAAUCGACGCCACAAGGCUCGAGAAGGGUUUAUGCGAGAUGGACGAGGUGGUCGCGGUACAUGAACUGCACAUUUGGGCCAUAACUGUUGGUAAGGUGUUAUUAGCUUGCCAUGUCUUAGUUAAGCGUGAAGCUAAUGCCGACAUGGUAUUGAACAAGGUUGUAGAUUACAUCAGGAGAGAAUACAAUAUCAGUCAUGUGACUAUUCAGAUAGAGCGUCAAUAAAUGAAUAAAUGAACAGAGUGU